AUGUCAUCUUUUAAUCUUCCUAACCGCCCUCCAAACCCUGGAUCCUUCAAUCGGCCUCCACCUCCACCUAGACCUCCGAUGCUUGCGCCUGGAUGGACCGAACACAAAGCUCCUACAGGUCACUCUUAUUACUAUAACGCCGCUACGAAGACCUCGACUUAUACUCGCCCCGUCGCGCCAACGCCCGCGCCAGCCCCUUUCGCAGCUGGUCCAACUCCGGGUCCGUAUCCAGCUCCAGGUCCUUAUCCCAACUUUUCUCAACCUCCUGGAGGGUAUUAUGGUGGUCAAUUCAACCAACAGCAGUUCCCGAACCAGCAGUUCCCACCACAACAGCAGUUCGGCCAUGAUCAAAAUCGUGGCCGUGGGUGGAUGGGUAGGGGCGGAAGAUUCAAUAAUCAGCGCCAGCACCGCCAAAAGUCGGAAGAGAAACCAGAUCGCCCAAAGUCAAAACGUGCCAUCCCAGGUGCGACACCAUGGGUCCUUGUAAAAACAAAAUUAGGCAGGACUUUUGUGCACAAUCCGGAGACAAAAGUAUCGUUAUGGAAGGUCCCAGAAGAUGUGCAGGCUGCUAUAGACACCAUGCUACCCGAGGAUGAAGCAACAAAGGAAUUGAAGACUAAGAAGAAACUUGCUUCUGAUGCUGAUAGUCCUAAACAAGAGGAGUCAGAGCCUCGGGGAAUCAAAAGACCGGCGCCGGCUGCUCUAGAAACUGAGGGCAAGGAGGGCACCGAAACCGCAGAGAUUAACGAAGAAGAGGAGGAAGAAGAGGAGGAAGAGGAAGAGGAAGAGGAGGAGGGGGGGGAAGAAAGUGAAGACGAGCAUGACGCCCACGGGAAUAAGAGAUUGAAGACCGGAGAAGCAGUUGAGUUUACAGAAGACGAUGUAGCGUGGCAAUUGGAGGCCAUGGCUGAAGAAUACGGGUUAGAGGAAGAGGAUUUUGAAGAAGGAGAAGAUAUGACAGAGGAGGAUAAUAUUAAUUUAUUCAAAGAAAUGUUGGACGAUUACAAAAUCAACCCUUAUAGCACAUGGGACGCCGAAAUGCCAAGGAUCGUCGAGGAUAAUCGCUAUGUUCUCGUAACAACUACAAAACGCCGCAAGGAUGUUUUUACGGAGUGGUGCAAGGAUCGUAUAGCAGAGAUCAAGGCUGAAAAAGCAAAGCAGAAAAAGGUGGACCCCAAAAUCCCAUUUUGGGCGUUUUUGAAAGAAAACGCAAGCGCAAAGCUUUAUUGGCCAGAAUUCAAGAGGAAAUUCAAGAAAAUGUCAGAAAUGAAGGACACAAAACUCGCCGAUAAAGAGAAGGAAAAGAUGUACAGAGACUAUAUUUCACAUAUGAAAAUUUCCGAGUCACUCCGUGAAAAUGACCUAAAGAAACUCCUUAAAUCCAAUUCUGAGUUAUCUCGUCUGACAUCACUCGAGGACCUUCCGGAGUCAAUCCUAAUAGAUGUGCGCUAUGUUACUUCCCCCGAGAAGAUACGCGAUGCAAUAAUCAAGGAUCAUCUUGCUACCCUUCCAGAGGCUCCAAUGAAUGAAGCGGAAAAGAAGGCUAAAGAGGAGCUGGAACGGAAAGAACGAGCUAUAAGAGAUAGAGAAGCCGCUGUUAGAAAGGAUCAAUGGAGGCUUCGAGGAGAAGAACAAAGGGCCAAGGACAUGCUGAAGGAAGAGGAAGCUCUGAUUGAAAGGGCGAAGAUUGUGAGCAAAAGGGGACUCUUGGGGCACAUUAUCAAAAAGGAAGAUGAAGGAGAAGAGAGUGGGAAACCAUAUGCUUUAAAACUCUCCGGCGAAAAUCGUAUAGCUGUUUGCUAUUUCGGUGAGGGUGCUGCCUCGGAGGGCGACUUCCAUGCAGCACUUAACAUUGCUGCAACGAGAUCCUGUCCAGUUGUUUUCAUUUGUAGAAACAACGGGUACGCUAUCAGUACACCUACCUUGGAGCAAUACAAGGGAGAUGGCAUUGCAAGUAGAGGUGUAGGCUAUGGUAUUGAUACCAUCAGAGUUGACGGGAAUGAUAUCAUGGCAGUAAUGGAAGUGACGAAACAAGCGAGAAAUAUUGCCAUGACCAAACAAAAACCAGUCUUGAUUGAGGCUAUGUCGUACCGCGUUUCGCAUCACUCGACAAGUGAUGAUUCUUUUGCUUAUAGAGCGAAAGUGGAGGUCGAGGACUGGAAACGACGAGAUAAUCCAAUCACGAGGAUGCGAAAAUGGCUUGAACUUAGAUCCUGGUGGUCAGCUGAUGAGGAGACACAGCUUCGGACAAAUCUUCGCAAAGAAGUGCUGCAAGCCUUUGCACGUGCCGAAAAAGAAAAGAAGCCAGCUAUCAAGAAUCUAUUUCUUGAUAUCUUUGAGAAACCGAGUGAGGAUUUGAAUGAACAGUUACAGCAGCUUAGGAGGAUGAUUGUGGAGUAUCCCGAUGAGUAUGACGUAGAAAGUUACGAAGGCGGGAAGAACGGUUUGUAA